AUGGGUGGUAAAGACAGUAAUCUGUCUGCAGUCGAUAAUGGACAGUAUGCUGUCAAAUGCGAAGAGUUCAAAGAGGUAGAAGCGGAAGAUGGCAACAUCAAAGCCGCGAUAUGGUUUCGACUACCGCCUAUCACCGCUUCCAUCCUUCGCCGUAUUCAAUUUCUCCAACUAUUUGCGGAAUCCGGAGAUCAGGGAGUCGUCAGUGACAGAGAUGCGGGAACCUGGACAUGGUUCGAAUUAGCUAUUCUUGAGAAUGAAAAGACGGCCGAGCCAAUGGUCAAGAACAACGUGCAGUAUGUUUGGAAAAGUCACCUCAAUCCGAUGGAGACGUGGACCUGCAAAUGGAAUCGUGGUAUGGUCUUCAACGAAACGCAUAACCUACUGCGUUCACUCGAGGUCGGAAAUGUCAUUGCCAUCCGUAUUUGCGCACGCUUUCGAAGAUGGGCAAUUCGAGCCCAAAGGGGAUACUUGGCUCUUCAAAUUAGCAAAGAACCAGCCAUCUAUGAGCCCCCUAAAUUCGGGCAGUUUAAAUAUUUCCAAAAUGCACUCCAGGAGCUGAACGACAAGAGCGACACUGAUUAUCCUCUUCCAACCCCUUCCAUGCGUGCCGAUGGUUUCGAUGCUGCUAACCAGAAACCGCUACGUGUCCUAUGCCUUGACGGAGGAGGCGUACGUGGAUUAUCGUCCCUACAUAUCUUGCGCAACGUGAUGCAGCAGCUCGGAACUAAGGGAAAGCCAGCAAAACCAUGUGAGGUAUUUGAUAUGAUUGCUGGCACCAGUACAGGGGGGCUAUGUGCCAUCAUGCUAGGUCGACUAGGGAUGUCAGUCGACGAGUGUAUUGAUGCAUAUAAGGAUUUCAUGAAGGAGGUAUUCACAAACAGUUGGUGGGAAAAAGCGAAGAAUUUGACCGACGCAACAAAGUACAAUACUUCCAAAUUGGAAAAUGUUCUCAAAGGUGUUAUCGAAAAGCGUACACAGAAUGGCGACGAGCCACUACUAGACGAGGGCAACUUGUGUAAAGUCUUCGUCCUGUCCAUUGACGAGAGGGCUGUCAACAAUAAAAGCCCCGUAUUUCUCCGCUCCUACACCAACACUCAACAGCCAUCUCUGUUGCCAAAUAUCAAAAUAUGGCAAGCUGCUCGGGCAACAUCUGCUGCACCGACGUACUUUCGACCCAUGGAGGUUGGGGGACAAAAGCUGAUCGAUGGUGGUCUUGGCGCAAACAACCCAGUAGGAUGGCUAUGGAAUGAAGUCCAAAGUGUGUAUGGCGCCGGUCGACCGAUCUCGUGUUUUCUCAGUAUUGGAACGGGCAUUCCUAAAAACAGGGCCUUGGGUGGCAUCUUUAAAAUGCCAACCUCUUUGGCUGCAAACGCAACCAACUCUGAGAUUAUGCACAUUCUCUUCCGGACUCUUCUUGAUGCAUAUGCACCGGAAACCAUGCGCACCAAAUACUGGCGGCUCAAUGUCGGCCAUGAAAUACUUGGUUGGCCAGAUGAUGCCAAAGGGACUAAACGCGAGGAUCUGCCAGCACUAGACGACAUUGAAGGUAUCUAUGGUUUUUUGAAGAAAACGGAAGAAUAUAUCAAAGAGCAGGCAGACCUUAUUCACAGGUGUGUGGAGAAAUUGAAAGAGAGUCGAGGAGAUAUGCCAUCGAGACCGAGGUGGCCUCCAUCCGGAAGUACAGACUGA